UGCGCCGUUGGGUGCCCGCUCGCUGCGUGCGUGCGUGAGGGAAGGCAGGCGGAGGCAGCGCUCUGCUGCCUGGACCCCAGCCGCCGCCGCCCCUCCUCCUUCUCCACCUCCUCCUUUCCCCCUCCCCGCGGUCUCCCGCCCCGGCCCGGUCGCCGCCCCGCUCCUUGUCUCCCAGUUAAAAUGCCCCUGGGCUGCCGCUGUUGAAAGCACCGCACGGGGACCCUGCCGCUCGCCGCCGCCACCCCGGGUAUAGAGGGGAGCUGCUCCCCGACUGCCGCCGCCGCCGCCCCGCUCCCGCCCAGCGGCCCCGCCGCCGCCGCCGCUUUGUCCCGGCAGCGUAGAGGGAGCCGCCGUUGAUGGUGUAGCUCACCGCGGAGGACCUUUUUAAAACGCUGGGGUUGUUGGAGUGGUUGAAUUUUCCCUGGAUUUGAGUGAGAAAUUCAGAAGACUGAAGCCCAGGCUCACUGUCUACCUUUCACGGAGGCCCAGCCGUGAGAGGACAGAAGAAGGCACGUGGCGAAUCAUGACAGCAGACAAGGAGAAAGACAAAGACAAAGAGAAGGACAGGGACAGAGACCGGGACAAGGAGCGAGACAAGAGAGACAAGGUGCGGGAGAGCGAGAACUCGCGGCCCCGGCGCAGCUGUACCUUGGAGGGAGGCGCCAAGAACUACGCGGAGAGCGACCACAGUGAGGACGAGGACAAUGACAACAACAGUGCCACCACAGAGGAGUCCACGAAGAAGAGCAAAAAGAAACCUCCCAAGAAGAAGUCUCGAUACGAGAGGACGGACAACGGUGAGAUAACGUCCUUCAUCACGGAGGACGACGUCGUGUACCGGCCUGGAGAUUGCGUCUAUAUCGAGAGCCGCCGGCCGAACACUCCCUACUUCAUCUGCAGCAUUCAAGACUUCAAACUGAGCAAACGGGACCACCUCCUUAUGAAUGUCAAAUGGUACUACCGCCAGUCUGAAGUCCCAGAUUCAGUCUAUCAGCAUUUGGUUCAGGACAGACACAAUGAGAACGACUCUGGACGAGAGCUUGUUAUUACGGACCCAGUUAUCAAGAAUCGAGAGCUCUUCAUUUCAGAUUAUGUUGACACUUACCAUGCUGCUGCCCUCAGAGGGAAGUGCAACAUCUCCCAUUUCUCCGACAUAUUUGCUGCUAGAGAGUUUAAAGCUCGAGUGGAUUCAUUUUUCUACAUACUGGGCUAUAAUCCAGAGACAAGGAGGCUAAACAGUACCCAAGGUGAAAUCAGAGUUGGACCCAGCCAUCAGGCUAAGCUUCCUGAUCUGCAGCCGUUUCCUUCCCCCGAUGGUGACACAGUGACACAGCAUGAAGAACUCGUGUGGAUGCCAGGAGUCAACGACUGUGACUUACUUAUGUACCUUAGGGCAGCAAGGAGCAUGGCAGCUUUUGCAGGCAUGUGUGAUGGAGGAUCCACAGAAGAUGGUUGUGUUGCAGCCUCCCGGGACGACACCACGCUUAAUGCUCUCAACACACUACAUGAAAGUAACUAUGAUGCUGGAAAAGCCCUGCAGCGCUUGGUGAAGAAACCUGUGCCAAAGCUGAUUGAGAAGUGUUGGACUGAAGAUGAAGUGAAACGUUUUAUUAAGGGGCUGAGGCAAUACGGCAAGAACUUCUUCAGGAUCCGAAAGGAGUUGCUUCCGAAUAAGGAGACCGGAGAACUAAUCACCUUCUAUUACUAUUGGAAGAAAACCCCUGAAGCAGCAAGUUCUCGAGCCCACCGUAGGCAUCGAAGGCAGGCUGUGUUUCGGAGAAUUAAAACCCGCACCGCUUCCACUCCAGUCAACACUCCCUCCAGGCCCCCCUCCAGUGAAUUCUUGGACUUGAGCUCUGCCAGCGAAGAUGACUUUGACAGCGAGGACAGCGAACAGGAACUGAAGGGCUACGCCUGUCGUCACUGCUUCACCACCACCUCCAAGGACUGGCACCACGGUGGGAGGGAGAACAUCUUGUUGUGCACCGACUGCCGCAUUCACUUCAAGAAGUACGGCGAGCUGCCCCCCAUCGAGAAGCCUGUAGACCCUCCACCCUUUAUGUUUAAGCCUGUCAAAGAGGAAGAUGAUGGACUCAGUGGAAAGCAUAGCAUGAGGACAAGGAGGAGUCGAGGCUCGAUGUCUACACUACGCAGUGGUCGUAAGAAGCAGCCAGCCAGCCCUGAUGGUAGAGCCUCACCUAUCAAUGAAGACAUCCGCUCCAGCGGCCGCAACUCCCCCAGCGCUGCCAGCACCUCCAGCAAUGACAGCAAAGCAGACUCGGUGAAGAAGUCUACCAAGAAGAUAAAAGAAGAGGUGUCCUCUCCUCUCAAGAACUCCAAGAGGCAACGGGAAAAGGCAGCUUCUGACACAGAGGAACCUGACAGAUCCAAUGCCAAAAAAUCCAAAACUCAAGAGAUCAGCAGGCCAAACUCUCCCUCGGAGGGUGAGGGUGAAGGGGAGAGCUCUGACAGCCGCAGCGUCAAUGACGAAGGGAGCAGCGAUCCCAAGGACAUCGACCAGGAUAACCGGAGCACAUCCCCCAGCAUCCCCAGCCCUCAGGACAAUGAGAGCGACUCGGAUUCAUCUGCUCAGCAGCAAGUGCUGCAGGCACAGCCCCAAGUGCUGCAGGCACAGGGUGCUUCUGGCCAGGCUCCUCCUCCCACACCACCAGCGCCAGCCCCGUUGCCAGCAUCACUGCCAGCAGUGUCUAGCGCUGCUUCAGCUCCGCCGCAGGUCUCGCCGUCAGCAUCCCAGCCCCCCAGCCAGCCCCAGGCCCCUGCUCCACCACCUCCUCACUCUCACAUACAGCAGGCCCCUGCUUUGCACCCGCAGAGAAUCCCAUCACCCCACCCUCCUCUGCAGCCCCUGAGUGUGUCACAGAGCCAGCCGACCCCAGCCUCCUCACAGCCUCACUCUCAGCCUCCGCUCCACAAUCAGGCCCAGCCUGCCCCUCACAGCCUUCAGGCCCAGCCCCUCCUGCCUCAUCCUGUGCCUUCCCAGGCAUUUUCCCUCCCCACUCAGUCAUCUCAGUCUCAGGUUCCCCUUCAGACACAAGCUCCAUCUCAUUCUCACUCUGCUCUGCAGGUUCAGGUAACGCAGCCUGUCCUGCCGACCACAACCUCGCUGCCGCAGGCUCAGCCUCCCCGGGAGCAGCCCUUGCCGCCUGCACCCAUGGCCAUGCCUCACAUCAAACCUCCUCCUACAACCCCAAUCCCUCAGCUCCCCACUGCUCCUUCCCAUAAGCAUCCUCCUCAUCUCUCAGGCCCCUCUCCGUUCUCUAUGAACUCCAACUUGCCUCCACCACCUGCUUUAAAACCUCUGAGCUCCCUCUCAACUCACCACCCUCCGUCUGCACACCCUCCUCCUCUGCAGCUGAUGCCUCAAAGCCAACCGCUGCAGUCUUCGCAGGCCCAGCCUCCUGUAUUGACACAGAGUCAGAGCCUUCCCCCACCUGCUAAUCACCCCCCAUCUGGACUCCAUCAGGUAUCCUCCCAGCCCCCCUUUUCUCAGCAUCCAUUUGUCCCUGGAGGCCCACCUUCCAUCACUUCUCCUUCUUGCCCCUCCACUUCCACGCCACCCACCGUGCCUGGCAUCCCGCUUCAGACUUCCAUCUCUACAUCAGCAGCUUCUAGUGGAAAUGUGCCAGCGGUGACAGCCUGCACGCUACCACCCAUUCAGAUCAAAGAAGAAGUCCCAGAUGAAGCUGAGGAACCAGAAAGCCCUCCCCCUCCACCCAGAAGUCCAUCACCAGAACCUACUGUGGUGGACACGCCAAGUCAUGCCAGUCAGUCAGCCAGGUUCUAUAAGCACCUGGACCGUGGCUACAACUCAUGCUCAAGAACAGAUUUAUACUUCAUGCCUCUGGCAGGAUCAAAGCUGGCCAAGAAGAGAGAAGAGGCCAUUGAAAAGGCCAAAAGAGAAGCAGAGCAGAAAGCCAGAGAAGAGAGGGAAAGAGAAAAAGAAAAAGAGAAGGAAAGAGAGAGGGAACGGGAGCGGGAGCGAGAAGCAGAAAGAGCUGCGCAGAAGGUGUCCAGCUCGUCCCACGAGGGCCGGCUGGGCGAGUCUCAGCUCACUGGGCCAGCACACAUGAGACCUUCCUUUGAGCCUCCACCCACCACCAUCGCUGCCGUCCCGCCCUACAUCGGCCCGGACACGCCUGCCUUACGAACGCUGAGCGAGUACGCCCGGCCCCACGUCAUGUCCCCGACCAACCGCAACCACCCCUUCUUCGUGCCCCUCAACCCCACCGACCCGCUGCUGGCCUACCACAUGCCUGGGCUCUACAACGUGGAUCCCACCAUCCGGGAGCGAGAGCUGCGGGAGCGGGAGAUCCGGGAGCGGGAGAUCCGGGAGAGGGAGUUGAGGGAGAGGAUGAAACCUGGCUUUGAGGUGAAGCCCCCAGAGCUGGAUGCUCUGCACCCAGCUACUAACCCCAUGGAGCAUUUUGCCAGGCACGGCGCACUGACUAUUCCCCCAACGGCAGGACCUCACCCCUUUGCUUCCUUCCAUCCCGGUUUGAACCCUCUGGAAAGAGAGAGACUUGCACUGGCAGGCCCCCAGUUGCGGCCUGAAAUGAGCUACCCUGACAGACUGGCAGCAGAGAGGAUACACGCAGAGCGCAUGGCAUCGCUGACCAACGACCCCCUGGCGCGGCUGCAGAUGUUCAACGUCACGCCCCACCAUCACCAGCACUCACACAUACACUCACAUCUACACCUACACCAGCAGGACCCCCUCCAUCAAGGUUCAGCAGGACCUGUUCACCCACUGGUGGAUCCUCUAGCAGCUGGACCCCAUUUGGCACGUUUUCCCUACCCACCUGGGACCAUCCCCAACCCAUUGCUAGGACAGCCACCUCAUGAGCAUGAAAUGCUCCGACAUCCAGUCUUUGGUACUCCUUAUCCACGGGAUCUGCCUGGUGCCAUUCCACCUCCUAUGUCAGCAGCCCACCAGCUGCAGGCCAUGCACGCCCAGUCAGCAGAGCUGCAGAGACUGGCAAUGGAGCAGCAGUGGUUGCAUGGGCAUCCUCACAUGCAUGGUGGUCACCUACCAAGUCAGGAAGAUUAUUACAGUCGACUGAAGAAAGAAGGCGACAAACAGUUGUAAUAACUUAUUUAUUUGCAAUGCUGGCUGUGGGAAGCCCAGGCCUGGGGAAGCAGAGGAACAUUUUUACACACAAUAAGAGCUACAAAAGGAAAAAAAAAAAACCAAACAAAAAGAAUAUCUUAUAAAGAUUUCUUUAUAUAUUUAAAGCAGAAACAACCACCCAACGAGUAGAGACUGAUCAGCAUAGUGUUCAUUUGUAGAGAAGACUUCUCGAGACUGACCUGGGGCUCCCUGCAUGACAACAUAUUCAGAAGCCUCUUGGAAAUAACAGGACUGUGUGGAAUAUUCAGAGAACUUCCUGCAAUCUUGGGGGGGGGAGAUUUUUAGGGGGGCUGUUUUUUUUUUUUUCUUUCUUCCUUUCUCUCUUUCUUUUUUCUUUUGGUUUGGUUUGGUUUUUUUUUCAACUAGUUUGUUUUGAGUAGGUGCUAGAAUCAGGUUCACAACACGAGUCACUGUGCGUGAAGAGACACUCAAUGCAUCUAUAGCUGUUAAAAACCACCAGGAUUGCAAGUAGGUGACAUAACAAGCUCUGAAUCCAAGUGCUCUAAGAAGAAGAAGAAGAAGAAAAAUCUACUUUUAUUUUAAUACAUUGUAGGAAAACUUCAUACUUUUAAAGAGAGCUCAGUUCUGCAGCAGCAUGGCUUUUUAAGUCUGUAAAUAACUUUUGUUUUGGGAGGGGGUGGGGUGGAUGGGGUUAGAGGGGGGGAAAAAAAAAACACAAAACAAAACAACAAAACUCCAGAAACAUUUUCUCUUGAUUUUCAGUAACAUCACAACUUGUGAAUUCCUACCUGGUUAUUGACAGAAGACAGAGUUGAUUUUUUAAUAAAAAUUUUUUAAAACUUAAAAAAAAAAAAAAAAAAAGACAAAAAAAAGACAAAUAUAUAUAAUUAUCCCUUUAAUUAAAGGGUGUCAAUAAUUGCAAAUGGGUUAAAGCUUGACAUUUGGUUUGAUAUCAACAAUAAGCAUUAAAGGCAGUUGCAGGGAUAAUGUUGCAAAUGACUGUUUCUGUUCUUGGUUGGGUUUGUUUUGUGGGGUUUCUUUUUAUUUUGUUCUGUUGGUGUUCCAUCUCUCUGUUCUGCAGCUGAUUUCUGUUGAGUUGGGUUUCUCAGCAGCACAGAUGUCCCUUGGAAAUAGCUGACCUUUGUUUUGAUGCCUGCUUCCAGGGUUCAUUUUCAGUGUGGCCAUAAUACACUUCUUAACUUCUGACCUUUGGGAAACUGAAGCUAAUGACAUUGGGUUCAGACUUUAUAGGCAAAAGUUCAAAGAAAUAAUCUGUCCUCCAAACCUCUUUGGGAAAUGUUUCCUGGCUCAAACUAGCCCAGCCAGAAUUUUGGAUGCAGGUGCAUAGUUUUGCUCUUUCUGUCCUCUUAUGUUUGAAUAUGUUCUUAAGACAAGUGAAGUAGGCAACUCAGUUUGUGUUCUUAAAGUUGGUUUGUUGUUUUUUGCAAAGAGCAGCCUGUAUUUCUUGGUUUUUGGUUCUGGUUUUGUAAGCAAAAAUCUUUUUUGCAGUGUUCUGUAUCUCAGGAACUUCAAACUGCUGUGGGAUGAACCUGACAUCCGGACAGUAGCUUUCACUGACUCCUAACACAGCAGGUCCACGCAGAAUAACUCCUGUUGGCUUGUUCCCAUGUGGAUGGUAAAAGGAGAGGAACACACAGAAGGCCAGUGAGCAUCAUUUUGGAGGCAUCUCUGCUUACUGUCUAGGCAGAAUCGUUUUCUUUCCCCACCAUGGGCUUUAUUUGCCAGAGCAGAAGGUGAUGCAGCCAAUGGACAUCUGAAUCUGCUGGCUAUUCUUUCUGCUGGUGCAUAACUUCCCCCCUACCUCCAUUCUCUCUCUUAACUCAGGAGUGCACUCUCUGUGCUGUUGUAGACUGUCAAGUGUGAUGCUGGUGUCCUAAGGACUGUCCUGAGCCAUGGUUGAUGAACUAGCAGUAGUUAAGGAUCUCUCCGAUGGCUUGCACAGUGCUUUAUCCACCUGGAUCUCAAACCAGCAUCACUGCCCAAAGGUGGGCAGUUAGCAGCAUCAGUGUAGUAAUUAACAGGCAGUGAGCUAUUUUAGGUCCAAGAGUGCAUAGGAGACAUGGGAGGACUGUUUCAGCUGGUGUUGAUCUUCCUCUUUUCUGCCCUCCAUGCCAGAUUUCUCCAUGCUGAAGAGCUGCAGCAGUGUUGAAUCCAUUCCAUCUGCUCUGUGUGAAGGUGGCAGGAAGAACAGCUAGGCUUGGAAGCCAUGAGGUCAGUCUAGAGUUCAAGGAUGGUGAAGUCUUCUUUAGUCAGUAGAAACACAUCACUGAGAAGAAAACCAUUUCCCCUGAUCACUGCAGACAGCCUAAAGGCUGCCCUGAAGAGUCCUAAAGGCUGUCUGCAGUGUCAGGGGCAAUGGUUUUCUUCUCAGCCAUUUUUUGCUAGCAGUGGAGUAGCUCCUAACAGCAGUGCUGCCUCAGCAGAGAGAGUGCCUCAGUUUUCUUUUAAUUCAUUUAGGCACAUUUCACUGACACCUGAAAUGGAGGAGUUUGGGGGAGUUCAGCCACUUCUGAUCCUUUGUUAUUUUUAGCUAUAGUUUGUCUUAAGGAAAAAAAAAAGCCACCUAAUUGCCUCCCGUGGCCCUCUCUCUCUUUGUACUUUUAGUUCAAAUCUGCUGUUCAAAAGCUAUUCAUUGGUCUCUUUUUUUGUUUCCCUUUCCCAUUUCCCCUCUCAGAGAAGCAUUUAUGGGAGGUUUCUCUCCACAUCCUUCAGCAAACAAGCACUGAACCUCUUCCAUUUUAACCAUUCAACUACGCAGUACUUUCCGAAGCCAUCCUGGCGUUCGCUGCCCUGUUAAAACAACUCAGAAAUUCUGAUUGCUUUGAGUUUGGGUUUUUUUUUUUCCUUUCAGAUUUUCUUUUUUCCUCUUGAAAAAAAAAAAAAUCUCAUUUUUCUUUUUGUUUUGUUUUUGUUUUUGUUUUAUCUUGCUUUAAUGUUUUUUUGCACCCUCUCUCUUGUUCUCUAUGUCGUCAUGGUUGAGCUUGUUUCACUGCACCGUUGGAAGCAGAGUGUACAUUCUGACUGCUUACAUUUAUAUAUAUCUUGAAGCUUAAUGUAUAUAUGAGUAGUUUGCCAUGGGAUAACACAGUGUAAACAGAGUUAGAAACCCAGAAAUCGUGACUUCUGUGUUCUCUCCAUUUGAGUAUUUUGUAAUUUUUUUGAACUAUUUGUGGACAUAAAUAAAAACCAAGCUACACUACA